UUGUGCUAAUGCCAUGUGCUCAUCCACAUCAUCCCUACGAUUGGCAUUCAGACAAGAAACUCUUUCUUUCCUCGCAGAAAACUGGAGUACAUCCUGCCUGCCUGCAAGAGGGUAAAUGAGAGCGACAGAGUAAUAAAAAAUAGAGAAAGAGAGAGAGAGAGUGAGAACAUAGAGAGAGGGAGACAGGCACAGAAUCUGCACAUCCUCACAACCAGCACACCUUUACCAUUCACAACCGGACUCAAGACUGAGCUGAGAAACAAAAAAGCCCCUGCUCAUCUGUAUCACAUUAUCACAGAAUGCUGCUCUAUCUUCUGUUCUGGAUGAGUCUAUUUCUGUUUAUUACAAAUGGUGAAAGAGGAUUUUAUGGGAAUCAUUACGCCGAGUGGAAUGAUUCGCAACUGCAGCCCACCAUACAGAGGCUGAUGAAAGGCUACAAUCGAUACCUAAGGCCAAACUUUAACCAGGGGCCUGUUGAAAUCGGAAUGAGUUUGGAUAUUGCCAGCAUUGAUGCCAUCUCUGAGAUUAACAUGGACUACACAGCCACUAUCUUCCUAAGACAACGAUGGCGAGAUUCUCGCCUGAUAUUCCCUGGAAAUGAAAGUCUGAGUCUGGAUGGGCGGCUGGUUUCUUUGCUGUGGAUCCCUGAUACGUUCAUCCCUGAUUCUAAGCGUUCUUUCCUCCAUGAUGUAACUGUGGAGAACCGUUUGAUCCGGAUCUUCAGCAACGGCACUGUGCUCUAUGCUCUUCGCAUUACAGCAACCAUCGCCUGCAACAUGGAUCUCACCAAGUAUCCUAUGGAUAGACAGGAGUGUACAUUGCAAUUAGAAAGCUGGGGCUAUAAUUUACAGGAUGUGGUGUUUUACUGGACCCGAGGGAAUGACUCAGUGAAGGGGUUAGACACACUGCGUCUGGCUCAGUACAGUGUGGAGAGCUACUACACAACCAUAUCUAAAGCUGUGUACGAAACAGGUUUUUAUCCGAAGCUAGUUCUGCACUUCUCUUUACGUAGAAAUGUAUUGUUCUUCAUUCUGGAGACAUAUGUGCCCUCAACAUUGCUGGUGGUUCUGUCAUGGGUGUCUUUCUGGAUCAGUCAGUCCUCCGUUCCAGCUCGCACCUGCAUCGGGGUGACCACUGUUCUUACCAUGACCACACUAAUGAUGGGUGCCAGGACCUCACUUCCCAAUGCCAACUGCUUCAUUAAGGCCAUCGACGUCUAUCUCGGCAUCUGUUUCACCUUCAUCUUUGGAGCUCUGCUGGAAUAUGCCUGUGCUCAUUUCUGCACCAUGCAGCACCAGACCAUUUUUGAUGUGCAAAGGGAACUACUCAAAGAAUUCGAGGAGUCAAAUGGUACAACUCAUUUGGCAAAUUCAGCGUCACCCAAAAAGAUGCAGACAAAAGAAUCCGCUCAGCAGGAGACGCCUGAGCAAUCUGUGACAUGUGAAGGGAAUGAAGCCACAGACAAGAAGAAAGAGAAGGGGUGCGGUUUGUCCUCCGUAAAGCAGAUGUCUCGCCGCGCAGCAUCAAUAAUGAGUGUCGAGAAUCCUAACAACAUUGACAGACGUGCACGUGUGUUUUUCCCCAUGGUAUUUUUCCUUGUCAAUAUUUUCUACUGGCUCUACUACCUUUUAUUCUGAUGGAUAAAUAACUUUACCUCCCAUCUCCAUUAAUGAACAAAGUAUUACACAGAUGACUGUGUAAGUGAAAAGACUUGAUCAAUUACCCAUCAAUGCAGUUAAAUAGUGCAGUAUAAAAGGAGCUGGACUUGCAAGUGUUUACACAAUAAUAAAAGUGAAGAUUAUUUGGACACAAACAAAUCACCAUACAGACUCAUCUGCAGCAGGACACAUAGGAGGACGCUGUUCGCAAUUGCCUUCACAUUACUGAUUUACUGAAGGGUUCAAUGCGUUACCUGUUUAGUUUUACUCCUUGCUUUGUUUUGCUAGUUAAACGUAAUGCGCUGUAGGGUUGCUGUAAACUCCACAAGCACUGACCAUAAUAAAUGGCAUUAAAUAAAAGCAUUAAUGGUCAGUGUAUGCAUGUAUGACUGUAUAGUGGGGUCCACAAUCUGAUUCCACAUUGUCAAAUAUAAUUCAAGCCUGUGAAUAAAGUUUUAAAAUUAAAAAAGGAAUGAAAAAAAAAAAAACGUAUGCGAUUAUGCAAGAUUAUAUAUAUAAUAAAUUAUAUAUUAUAUAUUCUGCCACUAAUAAUCACCUAAGCUAAUAUGUAACAAUAGUGUUUACAGUACAUUUUCAAUCAAAUUGUUAUGAUGGUACAGUAGUAAUGAAACAUCUGACUACUUAAUCACCCAAUCAUAAUCGCCCAAUCUACUCAUCCAUGGAUC